GCUCAGAAACUGAGCACAUCCCCGCUUUGAUGAUGUGGACCAAUUGUGUGUGAGAGAAACGCUCCACAGCCCAGAGAGGGAGGAGAGGGAGGGAGAGCGUCGCUGUUGGAUGCUAUAAGGCGCGUAAAGCUGCUCUACGCGGACUCAGACGCUUUCAGCUGGAGCCACUUUCCUCAGCGGAGAGUCUGAAUGAGCGGAGCGGAGCCAGAAAUGAAUGAAGCUGUGACGGUGCGUGAAUAACGGGGGCGGAUCUGUGAAUGAAACUCGAUCCACCAGAUGAAUCGGGCAACAGGAGACCAGCAGCUAUCCAGGAACUAAGCGAUACAUCAGGACGGUUUUCUCUCCCUGAAUGUUGCUCAGGGAAGAAUUCUCCUCGACCUCUCACUCUGGGUGGCGACACACGAGUAAACACUGGCAGACAAGUCACAGAUAAAAAAAAAAAAAAAAAAAAAAAACACGCCACGUUACCCGAGAUGUCCUAUAAUGCCUCGUUUGGGGAUUUGCGCGCUUAAAGGACGCGUCGCUCCGGUGCCAUUGCGCGCAGCCACGCGCACAGCUCCAGGGUGCGUCUAGCCCGAACCCUCCGUGCGUUAUGCUGAAUGGAGCCACGUUCCGCGGCCACGAACCGAUGCGACUCGUCGACCCGAGGCACCUUCCGCAACUGAUGUCCCUGGAGGACCAUGAGCCCACCAUGGUGGAAGGGACCCUGGGGCCGCGCAACUCCACGCCGCCGGGGGAGGAAGGGGCCCCGGGUCAGCAGCACCAGUCCUUCCCGUGGGUGGUGACCCUGCUGGCCGGAGUCCUGAUCACGACCAUCGUGGUGGACGUUAUCGGGAACCUGCUGGUCAUCGUGUCCGUGUUCAGGAACAGGAAACUCAGGAAAGCAGGAAAUGCCUUCGUGGUGAGUCUGGCCCUCGCUGACUUGGUGGUGGCCAUCUAUCCGUACCCUCUGGUCCUGACCGCCAUCUUCCACGACGGCUGGAUCGCCGGCUACAUCCACUGCCAGAUCAGUGGCUUCCUCAUGGGCCUCAGCGUCAUCGGCUCCAUCUUCAACAUCACCGGCAUCGCCAUCAACCGCUACUGCUACAUCUGCCACAGCCUCAAGUACGAUAAACUCUUCUCCAACAGCAACACCAUGUGCUACGUGGUGCUCGUCUGGGCGCUCACCAUCCUCGCCAUCGUGCCCAACUGGUUCGUGGAGUCGUUGCAGUACGACCCGCGGGUUUACUCCUGCACCUUCGCCCAGUCGGUCAGCUCACUGUACACCAUCACGGUGGUGGUGGUGCACUUCAUCCUGCCCAUUGGCAUCGUCACCUACUGCUACCUGCGGAUCUGGAUCCUGGUCAUCCAGGUGAGGCGGAGGGUCAAGCCGGACUCGCGGCCCAAAAUCAAGCCGCACGACCUACGCAACUUCCUCACCAUGUUCGUGGUGUUCGUGCUCUUCGCCGUCUGCUGGGCGCCGCUCAACCUGAUCGGCCUGGCGGUGGCGCUGGACUCCAGGCUGAGCCGAGCCAUUCCGGAGUGGCUGUUCACGGCCAGCUACUUCAUGGCGUACUUCAACAGCUGCCUCAACGCCGUCGUCUACGGCGUCCUGAACCACAACUUCAGGAAGGAGUACAAGAGGAUCGUCCUGAUCAUCUUCAAGUUCCACUGCUGAGACCAGACAGUUGAGACGGAGGUUAUUUUUAACCUUAAUGACAAGGAAAGCUAUUAAAGCCUUGAGCGCUGGAAAAAGAACUUGACCUUGACGAAGAAGAAGAAGGAAGCAGGAUUAAUGAAAGAGAAAGGAAACAAAUAAAGGCACUUUGGGAACAAAAACACAAAGAGAGAGGAAUAGAACUUUAAUAGCUGGAGGAGGACGAGAGGUGGAGGUUACAGACGGAGUGAAACAAAUGAUGCCACACUGAGAAUUAUCAGUGAUGCCUUCAGGGAUCUGAGAGAUUUACAUCAGAGAGGAAGAGACUAGACUUUGGGAGAAGCUCUUAUCUUAGUAAUGUGAUUAAUCGUGACUUAAUUCUGUAAUGAAGUCAUGAAAAACUACUCAAAAGAGAUAAAUCUGUUGUUACCGUUUUUAACCAGAUUUCAUAAUUCGAUGUCGUGACCAUGAUCGUGAUGAACGACAUCCUCCGUGAACUACAUCCAAAUACUGUGAAUUUUGUUUCUGUUCAGAGUCACAGAAGACAAAGAUGACAGAAUCGGUGCUUUUGGACGUAUUGAGAAACAUUUGAAGGUGAUAAAACUUACAUCCUUCAUGUCUGUAAAUUAUAUUUAUUUGCAAAAAAAAAAAAAGUAUUGGGAUAUUUUAAUGUUAACGAUCUUUUGAGGGAAUGAACCACUGGUGAACCCGAGCAUGUCCCGAAGCAUGGGAGGGUCUAGCUAAUGACGUAUGACCAUUUGACUUCAUAACACCUUCUCCUCCAUUAUGAAAGGAACAAACUCACAUUUUAAACCUUCAGUCUUUCACAAUAAAGCAUUAGCUUCAACUAUCCUUAACGCAAACUCAGUAAAUUCUCCUCAUAGAAAAAUCUCUUAAAAACUCUUUUGGCUGAAUUAUACAUGACAAAACUGACCGGACUCAAAGGUUGAAAGGUUGUCAAGUAAACUUUACCUUUUCGGAACACAAUAGGCAUAGUCAAAAAAGUCUUUGUAGCAGCCUCAAAACUAUCGAUAUCUCCAAGUGUUUACCAUUCAAAAGCCAGCAAGCUGAAUACUUUCAUUGAAAAAUGGAAGACUACAGUAUCCAAUAUUUGCCAAAACUGAAAACUUGGCUGCAAAUGGAAAAUAAGGUGAGUGUCACACGUGGUACGUCAGUCUUGUUACUGCAAAAACAUACAGUACAUAUGCUAGUAGGUAUCCGAAGCAGACAGCUAAUUAGCACGUGGCUAGUUACAAACCGGAUUAAUGUAUUCAUGGUUAUUUGAGAAGAACGUGUCAUGACUGAAGUCAAACUUUCUGAAACAGCUCCCAAACGUAGCACUGUGAGCAAAAAAAGUGUGGGCGGGAGGAUCUUUUAUAUUUCUCUUAAAUCUUUAAAAAAUACUGAAACUGAAAUCACAUUUAUGAAAGUAAUCUUGUAAGAAUAAAACAAAAAAGAAGGACGAUUGUCUCAGCAAGCUCCUGCAUGCUGGUACCAAAACAUCAUUGUUCUUUUUGGUUGGGAAGGGAAACACCUUGUUCACUGCUUGUGUGAAAGUUUGUGACUCCAAACGGAAAAUAAGUCUUAAGUAAUGAACUCCAGUCAUUGAUUCACACCUCACUAUGUUCAGGGUUAGACUAAUCACACAAGCAUAGAUUCAAACCUGUCUCAUAAUGAAUUCUCUCACUCAUACCUGCUGCUGCUGCACCAUUGAGGCUCAAAGAGUUUACUUCUUUGUUUUAGGACCAACCAGUGGCUAAUCUCGACCUAAAAUCUCUUUAUACUUGGUCUUAUUUUAAACAAAGACUGCUGUUUAAAAAAUAUAGAUCUGACUUGUUCAAAAAUCAGAAUUCAGGACUCAGGACUUGACUUUUUAGUGCCAACAACUCACGACUGUGACUUGAAAAACAAGAAACUCCUCCAACAUCCAGAGUUCUUCUUCUUCUCUGGUGAAAGCAGCGUUUUUUUGUGACGCCUCGUCUCACCUCGUCGGCUUCUUCUCCCCGUCACAGAAAGAGCUCAGGAGGGGAAGGAUUCUCCAACCCUCUGAGGAUUUCCUCCACACUCAUGGACCAGACAUGUCAGAGUUUAGGGGGAAAAUAACAAAAGAUGAAAACAUGCCAUUCAGAAGCAAUACUGUGUCCAUGUUCCUUCCUCAUGCAUUAAAACAGUCUGAGCGCCCCACCCAUCCAACCCACACACACAAAAAAAAGCAGUGUUCAUCCACUUAAUUCUCCCACUAGCGAUGCAUUUACUUUACUUUACAAAUACUAAACACAAAGGGGGGAAAAACACAAAAAAAUAGACGUGAAAAUGAUUAAUUAAGUUGUCAUUGCUCUGAAAAGUAUUCUGACCACAUCACUGUGUUUCACACUCCCGGAAAGUGGAAGAUGAAUGUUGUAUACGUACGGACAAGCGGAGUGUUGCUGCUGUGAUAAUCUGCCUGUGCUUCAGAUCCAUGUUUAUGAGCUCACAGUUUGUUAACGAAAACCAGUUCUUCCCAGAGUUUAAAGGCCCAGUAAUGGAGCCUUGAAUGGCAACAGGUUCCAGCGGUUGGUUUAUGUUUCUGACAAAUGUUUGUUUGUACCAAAAUGAUCUAUUAAGCCCUAAAAGACUAAUUUACAGGCCAAUGAAAACACUGGUUUUAUCUGAAUACAUAAAAAAAAGAACAUAUCCAAAAGCAUUUAAAACAAAAACAGUAUGUUUCUAUGGGUUUUUAUCCACAGAAUUCAGAGUAAACCUCAAACGUCCCACCAGACCCCAAACAAAACAAAUGACUACAUCUUGCCUCCAGGUCUUGGUUGUUUUGCCUCCAGCUAACCUCCUUAAAGUAGUGGGGGUGGAGGAUGUAAAAGGGUCUGUUGGACUGAGCCAAACGGUUGUCUAUUGGUUUCAACAGUCUUUAUGCUAAGCUAAUAUAACUCUUUUAAUAGACAUCUUCUUUUUGUUAGUAAACAUGGUGACACUGUUUGAGGGCAGAGUUUAGCUGGAGGCAACCUGCAGGAAUACGUUAGCCAACUCUAGCGUGAAAACAACAAAUCCAACAGCUACGUCCGACCUCCAGCUAACCUCCUUAAAGUAGUGGCGAUAUAGGACAUAAGAGCAUUGAUUGGUUGGAGCCAAACUGUCGCUACUUGUUUCAACAGUCUUUAUGCUAAGCUAAUCUAAAAAGAAAUUAGCUCAAAUUAAGUGAUGUCAACCAAUCUACAUUUACCAAUUAAGUAAAAUUGAUUAUUUAAAAUACGGCUAAAUAAUGCAAUUAUCUCCCUAAAGCAUUAGUUUGUCAUUUUUGAACACAUAUAAAUUGCAGUUGUGAUUAACUUGACUAACACGAAGAGAUUUAGUUUAACUAAACCAACUCCAAAGGAACCUUUUUUUUAAUGUUUUCUUAUUUCUUGGUCUUAUUUUUCCAUUUUUUGUUUAAUUUGUACCAGAGCACAGGUGCUAGGCUAAGUGUUGGCAUCUCUAGGCCUCUAAGGCUAACUAUUAGCCUGCUUGCUAACAUCAAGUUAGCUUGCUAAUGAAAAAAAACGUGGAUUUUCAUCAGCCUUGUUAAAAUAAAACACCAUCCACUGCCACCAUUACUGAAAAACGUUCACAAACACGUUACUGCUUUCACGGUUGUGAAUACCACUGGGGGGCGCUGUGCAUAUGGUCGUUGUCUUGUUAACACAAUCAACACAAAGCCAUUUAAAGGUGCCAGGAAGAGCGGAGAAAGUAUUUAUCUGUUUCUCUUGUUUAUAGCGCUAAGCUCGGCUAAUUUAACUAAGUUGCAUUUAGCUUUUAGGACAUAAAACGUUUGGUUCAACUGUUUUUUUGUUGCAGAUUCAUGGAAGAGUAUUUAGGGCCACAGAAAAUGAGACAAAAUUUUUUUGUUUUUUCAUCAUGCACUUCGAGAAAAAACGUGAAACGUCAAGAAAAAAGUUAAUGUUUGGAAACUAUAACAAUCAGCGCAGUUUGACUUAUUUUUUUCUAAAAGAAAAUAGUCCUGAGGGACAUGAAGACAUUCUGAGGUUUGUAAAAGUAGUAAAUUAUGAAUAAGAGAAUGAGCUGAUGCAGUGAAAAACUCACCUCCUGAUGCACAUAGGUAUGAAUUUACAUCGUAAAUACACCACUGCUCAGUGGACUCCAGGGGAUGUAUUCCUAAGGAUUCUUAGGAUGGCGGGAAAUAUAAUUGGCCCACUGAGGAUUUAAAAAAUUCAAUUUUACCUGUGUACAUGGACAAGACUUAUUUAUUUUAUUUCAUCGUUAGUGAUAAAAAGCAAUGCAAUGAACUAAGCUUGUUGUCGUUUGUGUGUUUGGAAGUUAAAAUAUAAUAUAAUAAACGUGUCUGUUGCUGGAAGUCGCUGCCGCGGCAGCCGAGAGUAAAAAUGAGAAUGUACCCGUUUUCCUUUUCUUACGCCGUUUUGCACAUCGCCGUGGAGAAUGUUUCCUCUGAAUGUCUGUAAUGUUGAUGACACAAAACAAAACAUGUCUUAAUAAAAGAACGUUCACUGUGA